AUGGUUCUUGUUGAAAUGCCAGAUGGUGCCAAGAAGUGGAAAUGCAAAUGGUGUGAAAAGCUGUACACCUAUGAUGCGAGAUGGAAAAGCACUUCUAAUGGUAAGAAGCACUUAGAGGCUUGUGUCCAAAGAAAGCUGAGGUUGAAAUGUAAUACUGAUAAAGACGUGGUACAAUCUAGGUUAAAUAUAUGUGGUAGUAGUGAUGAUAGUACACCUAGUAUUGCAACUUGGACUUAUAAUCAUGCUAGGGUUAGAGAAGUUGUUGCACAUAUGAUUUUAGGUCAUGAAUUUCCUUUUUCUGUUAUGGAUGGUUUUAUCUUUAAUGAGUUUAUUAGAGAAAUUUACCCUUGGUAUAAAAAGAUCACUAGGCAACAGGUGAAAUUUGACUGUGAGACAUUCUAUGAGGCUGACAAAGCUAAGAUGAAAAAAUCUAUGUCUUUGAUUAAUAGAAUUAGUCUUACAACUGACCUUUGGUGGUCUGGUGAGCAUAAAAUUGGAUACAUGACUGUGAUUGGUCAUUUUAUUGAUUCAAAAUGGCAACUUCACAAAAGAGUUUUGUCUUUUAAGAAUGUGCCACCACCAUAUUCUGGGGAGGUUCUUUGUAGGGAGUUGAUUAAUGUGAUGGCUGAUUGGGGUAUAAGGGAUAAGGUUGUAUCAAUUUCUGUUGAUAAUGCUAGUGCAAAUGAUAAUUGUAUUAUUAGGUUGAAGAGAGAUUAUUCUGGUAGGAGAAAUCUACCACUGAAUGGAAAGUUGUUUCAUGUGAGAUGUUGUGCACACAUCUUGAAUUUGUUGGUUCAAGAUGGUCUUGAUAUGAUUAAGGAGACUGUUGAUAAAAUAAGAAAUGGUGUCAAAUACUUUGGCACAUCUUACCCUACUGCUAACUUGUUUUUGGCUGAGCUGUACAGGGUUAAGGUUUUACUUGAUAAACCUGCAAGUAUAUCUAAUAAUCCCCAGCUACAGGCCCUUGCUAAUGAGAUGAAGGUAAAAUAUGACAAAUAUUGGUCUGAGUCUAACACAUUGAUUUCUAUUGGUGUUGUUCUAGAUCCAAGGUAUAAAAUGAUCUUCAUCAAAUGGGUAUAUCCCUUCUUGUUUCCAAAUCCUACUCAAGCCACUGAAUAUGAACAAGAGUUGGCAACUAACUUGAAUUCUCUCUUCAAAUUGUAUCAUGAUACCUAUGGAAUAACAGAUGAUAUAUCCCUUGUAUCUGGAACCCUUGAAGUAGGUUAUAGUUCUGGGUUGGGAAGGAGAAGUUUUUAG